AUGCAGACAACGUUGUCAUCCUUGUGGGCUGGUGCCUCGAUCGGUGUCAGCAUGCACGAUGACAAUAGCUGCCACGUUCAUCACGAUCCUGUCGCCGUUUACCUCUCGCUCUUUUUGUGCGCCGGUCUCGUCGUAUCGUACUUGCCCCAGAUUGUCCGCAUAAUCCUCAACAAGUCAUCCCAAGGUUUCUCUCCGUGGUUUCUGCUUCUCGGUUCCACUUCGAGCGCUUCUAGCUUCCUCAAUGUCGUGGCACUCCAAUGGGGUAUCAUCCGUUGCUGUCCUUCGCUGCCAAGCUUGGAAUGCGCCGAAUCAUUGCUAGGUAUCCUUCAGGUAGGCCUGCAGUGGUUCAUGUUCGCCUUGGUCUUUGUGCUCUUCCUCAUCUACUAUCCCUUAGACCAGAGAUACGAACGCGCCAUCGCCCUCCCUCGGCGCGACCAACAGGAUCGCCGUCUUCGAGCACAGGCUCGCAGAGCUGCGCGCAGAGCUGCUGCAGAGCGACACAUCCCCUCUCAAAUCGACGAAGAAUCCAACAACCUAACAGUCCCCGCCGAGACUUCUCGCAGCCUGGUAGGUGCCUCGACAACUGAUACAUCAUCGGCUGGCUCGGACAACUCGGACCUCGAUUCGGUCGACAGUCACAUCGCCCAGAAUUACGCCAAUCCAUCUGCACAGGCAGACGGCGAUGACUCUUCCGAUGAUGAUCUCGAAGAGACACACGACGAUAACCGCGAUACAGAGGCGCUUUUGCACGUCAACGACUCGGCUGAUCACUCGGCCAUCUCAAGACGCGAUGCUAGCAGCAGCGCCUUUUCACGUCUCGCUCCUACCUUUUGGCCCAUGUGGAAGGCACCCAACGGAGAGCAAGAGCGCAGCCAUCCUUCUGGUCGCGCUCAACGAUCUUCGAAUGCGCGUGGCAUUCUGUCCAAUGCGCCACGCGGCAUGCAAAGGAUCGAGCGUCUGAGAAGAGCCAAGAACAAUCAGAAGAUGCUCCGAAUGCGUAAGCGUCGCACCGAAGAGUGGAGUCUGGCUCUCGCGCUCGCAUGGGUCGUCUCGAUUCACUUUGUUUUCAUCAGCGCUAUCACUCUUUUGCUCGUCAGCUCGCUUCCUCCCAAGUCGUUCCCGCCACCCGAAGAGGUCUCGGCGCUGUCCAGCUGGUCCCAAGCGGUCAGCAACAUGUCGGCCGUCGCAGUGAGCCGACCCUCGUCGCGUCUGCUAAUUUCUCGAUGGGCCGCUUUCCUCGGCAGCUCUGCGACUGUCUUGGCCGCCGGCCAGUACCUUCCACAGAUCAUCUACACCGCGCGCACCAAGCUUGUCGGCAGCUUGAGCAUCCCCAUGAUGUGUUUGCAGGUGCCCGGAAGCGCCGUCUUUGUCUACUCGCUUGCGCUGCAGCCAGGCACCGACUGGUCUUCGCUUGCAGCCUACGUGCUUACGGGCGUACUACAGCUCGUCCUGCUGGUGCUUUGUGUAGCAUGGCGCAUCCGCCAGCGACGUGCAGGCAUAGACGACUAUGGCCGUCCACUCGCUCCCAUCUCUCUGUGA